AUGAUACCAACCGACGAAAAGCGCAUGUCUUCCAGAACUCGAGCCGACUCUACGAUAGCCAAGUACACCACACAUGAUCCCGAAAGGCUCUCUGUAUCGGUAGGGGAUAUUAGCGUGUUAGGUGUACGGCCAACCCGUCGACACUUCAGUAUCUUCAACAUUAUCGCCUUGAGCUUCAACAUCUGCAAUAGCUGGGUGGCCAUAGCCUCUAGUUUGGCUAUUGCAGUGUCUGCUGGAGGUACUGCUACAUUGAUAUAUGGCAUUCCUCUCGCAACACUUGCUUAUGCUGCCACUGGGGCAUCUCUUGCUGAAUUGGCAUCCUGUUAUCCCACUGCUGGUGGCCAGUACCAUUUUGCUUCUAUACUCGCACCCAAGCGACUGUCUCGUGGACUUUCCUAUGCUUGUGGUUCGAUUGCCAUGUUCUCCUGGAUUGCUUUGGGCGCUGCCGCAACUCUCCUUGCCGCGCAAAUGCUUCUGGCGCUGGCGGCAUUCUAUCACUCUGGUUAUGUGCCUCAAGCCUGGCAUUACUUCCUCGUUUAUCAAGCCAUCAAUGUGGUCUUUCUUCUUUACAACCUCUUUGCCCUUGCCAAGACACCCUGGGCGCACAACGUUGGAUCANUGCCCAUCUACGAACUCUGGCGACAGGCAACCAACAGUGACGCUGCAGCGACCGCCUUCCUAGUCGCUCUUCUCGCCAUCGUCCUCUUCGUCAUUAAUGCCGUCCAACAAACCUCUUCUCACCUCAUCUGGGCGUUCGGUCGCGACAAUGGCCUCGUGUUUUCGAAACACCUGGCCAAGAUGCACAUUGUGCUUGAAGUCCCUGUAUGGUCACUGCUCGCUAAUGCCGCAGUGAUAUUCAUCGCUGGGUGCAUCUAUCUCGCAUCCACUGCAGCCUUCAAUGCAUUGAUCAACACAACCAUCAUUCUGCAGAUGAUCUCCUUCGCUAUCCCUGCGUUGUUACUCAUGUGCAGAAGCAGAAGUGAAAGAUUCCUUGCCAAAGAUCGAUGGUUCCGAUUACCUGACUGGCUAGGUUGGAUAUGUAAUACUACUGUUGUCAUCUUCGCCAUCAUCGAACUCGUCUUCUUUGAUCUACCGACUUCCCUCCCGACGACUGGAUCAAGUAUGAGUAAGUGUUUUGACCUUCGUCUCGAGGUAGAUGGCGCGAUUACUAACGCCGAUGACANNGAUUACACUUGCGCCGUACUGGCCACGAUGGCGCUGUUCAGUGGUAUCAAUUGGGUUGUGUAUGCGAGGAAACACUACAAAGGCCCACGAAUCGAGUUGGCAGAGGUUGGGGGUGACUAG